CGACCACGCCACGAGCAAUCACCAAAGAUUGGCCAACAAGCUGCAAAUACCAAAAGACGGUCAUAUAGAUUAAUAUUUAACAACAAUAAAUACCGUCCGUACGAACAUACCGCCGCAAUGUUCAACGCGCUCAACCGCUUCAUGUCCCGUCUCGACGGCGACACCCCGCAACGAAACCAAGAACAAGGAUCGUUUGGCUUCCAAGUACUACGAAAUACAACCUUACAGUUACCAAUUGAGCCCUGGUUUGACUUUAUCGUUGGAAUCAAUGGCAGACCUAUCGAGAACCCGGACCCUAGCUUGUUCGCAAUGGAAAUCAGAAACUGCGCUGGCGGCAGCGUAUCGCUUGGAUUAUGGAACGCAAAGGGCCAACGCACACGAGAAAUGCACGUCCCAGUACCCGCCGACACAGCAUCCCUUGGCUUAUCGCUACAAUACGCUCCAAUCUCCGUUGCUACAAACAUCUGGCAUGUGCUUGACGUCCCAGCCAACUCGCCAGCUGACCUAGGCGGUCUUCUCCCCUAUAGCGACUACAUUAUCGGAAGCCCUGAAGGGACCCUCCGUGGUGAGGGAGCUCUGGGCGAAAUCGUCGAAGACUACAUCGGCCGACCGCUGAGAUUAUACGUAUACAACAACGAACAAGAUGUAACAAGAGAGAUUACAAUAACUCCCAGCCGCGGAUGGGGAGGCCAAGGUGCCAUUGGCUGCACACUCGGUUACGGUGCUCUUCAUAGACUACCUGCGCCGCUGAGCGAACCAGUCAAUGCCCCAGGAGAGACGAUGUUUGAUGGCGCCAUGAACGAGAAGACUGAAUUCAUCCUUAAUGCACCGGAAGACAGCGGGAUGCUAUCCACAGAAAGUAGCUACGUCGUUCCAGCGCAGAUGGUGAACUCUGGCGUCGUCGUGGCGGAUGGUCCCCCCAAGGGAGGCAAAAAGAAGGACCGCACUGUGCCUAAAAACAACAACCUCAUGGAUGAUUAUUUCAAGGAAGAAGAGGCCAAGAGUCGCGAACUGGACCAUGUCCCCCAGACACAGAGUCCUGCCAACGGAGUUGCACCUCCUCCUAAGGGUCCUCCCAAGGCUGGCGAAACGUCAUCGUAGUUGUGACCAAUGUAUAUCACGCGGAGUUCUUGGUAGAUUGUUCAUACAUAUUUUUAAUUUUACUUUAUUUUCAGUGUCUAUUUGACUUGUCCCAUAGUCAGUCAGUAGUAUUUUUAUAUUGUACAAGGCCCUGUAUUGCUCCCCAAGUUUUGCCAUCUAGUUGAUGAAGUUGAUGCAGAAGACGUGCAGGAUAAGACUGCAGACGACGAAAUCGGCAAAGGCUCUGUAAGAAACGGUUAGAUUAGGCUCUGAAAUGGAAGUUAGCGUCGGGAUAUGGGUCGUAAUGCGUACCUUUCCGGGGAGACAGAUGGGAACUCGGACUUGGUAUCGUUGGUUUGUACGCGGAGGGAGACUAGAUGUUCAGAUUAGCUUUGGACGAGACAGCAGUAUCCAGGAUACUUACCAGCAAGAACAAACUGUCCUACUGUAGCAGAGAAGCCGGAAAGGAAAGCGUUGAAAGGCUAUAUUUGAGCUGUUAGUAAACCAGAUGUCUCUGCAGUCUCUCUGAAGACGUACAUAGUUGCCUGCAAGAACGCAGUAGAGGAACUGAAGGGCGCCGACGGUAACAAGGAAGACCAGGAAGGCAUCAAUGAGCUUCGUGCGCUGUGUAGUCUCGUUGAUGUAAUGGUUGUAAAUGUUCUGGAGGACAACGUCCCAGGAGGCAGCGCCAGCGCUGGGUUUCGGGGAGACGGGCGCGGACUUGACGACGGGCGAGGCCUUGGUGACGGGCGAUGCGGCAGCCGACGGCGUGGAUUCGCGAGCAUUCUUCUUGGGCGCCAUUGUGUAUUGUGUCGAGAACAAUUGUUUGCUAAAUGGCGAUUGUGGUGGUUGAAUUGUGCUGAAUGAUGUUCAGGAGAUUCGCC